GCCCUUCUUAUACUAGACCUACUCUAGUCUUACUGCAGUGUGAUAAGACUAGUUUGGCCAGACAGACCGACGAGGUCCAUUGAUCAUUGGAGUCGCAAGCGCAACAGUUAGGACUUCCUAGCCACUCAGGAACCGAGAUAACCAAGAUUUGAUAGCCUUAGUUCUCCAAACAGCAGCUCAGGGAAGAAAGGCCCAAGGAUGGAGCGUCAGUUGCCGUGCAGCCGCCAUGGGCUGCGUCUCCACUUCCAUCACUCAUUCUCCUGAUACAUUUUUUAGAAUUCUAAAUAACCUAAGAUACCUUUUUGAGAAUUCUAAGUAACCUAUGAUACCUGCUUUCACGCUUUCACUGUAGCCGCCGCUGUAGUCCGAUAAGAAAAGUCCAUCGCUCUUGUCUCCGUCGGUACUUUGCUAAUCAAGACUAAGUUCGCGGUAACUAAUCCGCAGUACCGAUUCCGCGGUAACUCAGACCGAAAGGCCAGAGCUCGAGGAGUAGAAAUGGGGGCCGCGGCAUCGACAGAGCUGGCAGAGGCGAUGCGCGCCGAGCCGGGAGGGAUGGGGCCGGUGAAGGGCCCGAGGAAGGGUGGGAAUUUGCGGGCGUCGGCGAAGGUGCAACCGGUGUGCGACGACGGGGAGGACGAGGCGAUCGAGCGGAAAGCGCGGCAGCUGGAGCAACUGAAGGAGCGCGUGAACGCAGCCAUUGCGUCUGGCAGUCGUGUCAAGCAGCUAUUGGAGGACGAGGUGCGGCGCAAUUCGGAGCUGGCGAAGAUUCGUCUACGAUUCACCGCGAAUGGCGCUCUCGAGCACUGUAGCCUGUUCUCGGAGCACGGCGGCCGGCACGGCUGCAACCAGGACUCGAUGAUCGCGUGGGAGGAUUUCAACGUCCCCGAAAUCGCGGGCCGCCUGAACAGGCGCAUGCCUCCCGGCGCCGCGUCUGACGUCAUUUUCUGCGCCGUGUUCGACGGUCACGGGCCCAACGGCCAUCUCGUCUCGCAGCGCGUGCGCGAUUCGCUCCCGAGCCGCAUCGCUUGCCUCCUCGCGCCGCCUCCGGUUGCAGCCGUGUCGCCUUACGGCCACCUGGAUUCCUGCGCGGCGCCAAUGGCCCCUGCAAGCGACCAGCUCUUGCAGCGGCUCGGAGUCGGUGCCGGCAGCAGUAAGAACAAAGGCGCCUCGGGCAAGGUUUACCCGCUGGGUGGAGCUCCGGGAAACGCGGAAGGGAGCGGAGGCUUCGGGAUGACGUUGCAGCGAUCGCGAUCCGCCGGUUCGGUGGAUUCCUCGGCGGCGGCGGCGGCGGCAAAGGAGGCGUCUCGAGAGGCGUCGAAGGCGCAGGUGGAGCGCGCGUUUCGGCGGGCGUUUCUGGAGAUGGACGACGAGCUGAGGAGCCAUCCCCACGUGGACGGCCACGUCAGCGGGAGCACCGCCGUCGUCGCCGCGCUGCUGGGCCGUCGGUUGGUGGUGGCGAGUAUCGGCGACUCGCGCGCGGUGCUGGCGUACCGUUGCAAGCCGGGCCACGCCAGUCCCGGGACCGCCGCCGCAAUUGGCGGCAUGCAGUGCAAAACGCUCACCAACGACCACAAGUGCAGCGUCGCCUCUGAGCGAAAGCGCAUUGAGCAAGCGGGGGGUCGGGUCCAGGCGUCGGAGCAUGAACCAGGGACGCCACGAAUUUGGUUACCGCGCGAGCGAAGCCCCGGCCUGGUCCCUUCACGAGCGUUCGGCGAUUUCGUGGUGAAAGAUUACGGCGUGAUUGCCGAACCUGACAUCUUGAUUCGGCACCUCACUUCGGAAGACGAAUUCAUUAUCCUCGCUUCAGACGGACUUUGGGACGUCAUGACCCCUCAAGACGCUGUGUCAGCAGUCCUCGCCGCCCCAACCCGCCAGACCACCGCCCGGCACCUCAUCGCGCAGGCUCGCAGCCUCUGGGCGGCAAAGCACCAGUCGGUCAGGCCUGACGACUGCACCGCUGUUGUCCUUUUCCUCCCUGACUUCGCCCCCUCGGGCCUCCUCUCUGGCUCUAACUCUGCCCUGCCGCACUCUGGUCCUCUCUCCUCUACUCCUUUCUCCGGCCCUCUCUCUUCCUCCACCCCGUAUUCUGGUCCUCUGGCUUCCAUCCCUCACUCUGCUCCGCUCUCUAGCUCCCCUGCCUUGGGCCCUCAUGGCAACUCCCUGCUUCAUAACCAGCAGCAGUCCUGGCAUCAUCAUCAUCAGCAGCAGCAACAAGGUUGGCAGCAGAAGCAGAUUCAUCAGCAGCAGCAGGUGCAGCUGCCACCUCGGCAGUUCCUCUCCCAGUUGCCCAUGCCCCUCCCUAACCUAACCUCCACUGACAUCAAACCAGUUGUCCCCGUGCCUGGCUCGCAGCAUCGGCUUCCGGAGCAGAGAGGCUUGGGAGAAGGCUCUGUGGGGCCAGGUUCGGAGAACAGGUGGGAGGGGAGGGGGGGAGCAGGAGAGGCUGGGGAAGGGAGGAGGAAGAAGAGUGGGAGGAAGAAGGGAGGACGGAGGGAACCUGGGCUAAUGUCUCUUAUGGGAGCAGUGGAGGAAGGAAACGAGGAGGCUUUUGACGAUACAGCAAGCAUAGGUACAGUGUGCACUGAUGCGUCGUUUGGCACAGUCAUCUAUUCCGAGGCAGACUAUAAGGCGUCCCAAAACGCAGCAUCAUCGAAGCUGAAUCCACCCGUGGUUCCGCUCACCCCUCAAGUGGUGCUAGCGUGUGAGGAUGGGUUUUAUCGUGACGACACUAUCAGGCUGCCAGUGGAGCUGCAGAAAGGGGGGCUAGAGAAGGAGAAUGUGGGGGGGAAUAAGAGUGGAGUGACUCAGGGCACAAGCAGUCAGGACAGCAGCAAGUGUGACAGCAGCAGUACCAGCAGCAACAGCAGCAGCAGCAAAGAGGAAGGGGGAAAGCAGGGUGGCAUUGGAGAGACUGGACGAAGCGUUCUUGGGCUGUUCUACAAUGGGGGAUCAGUCGCUUCCUCUGCCUCUGCCUAUUCCUCCCUCAGCAGCUCCAAGGUGGCGCCACUGCUGCCUGAGGACCACACCAACAAUGCCAUCGCUAGUAGCCUCACUCUGCCGCCCCCUGGCAAUGCUGCUCCUGUCAGCAUUUCUAUAUGCACGGCUGAUGCGAAACUUGUGGCGCCUGAGGCCAAGGUCAUGGCUCCGCCCACGCGCUCCCGGAGUCUCACUGCCAUGUCGACAUGCAUGGGCGGCGGCAUGGAUGGCGCGGAUGGCGCGGACGGCAUGGAUGGCACAACGCAUGGCACCAUCCCUGGAUGUGUCGGCAGCGGGCAUGGGUGCAUGAGUGCCAGGCUGGCUGACUGCUAUGUCAGUCUGGAGAGUGGGGUUGCUGGAGAGGGAGGGACUGGGCAGGGGGGCGAGGAGGUGGGGAGCAGGUGGGAGAGCGGCAGUGGAGGGUGCGGAGCGGCAGCCCGAUAUGCCAUGUCACGCCUUGGCCUGGACAUUUUCUGGCAAAAGUGCUGCCGUGCAGAGCCCUGAGCCCCUUGGGUGAGAGCUUGUAGGGGUCUCAAGUGCAGGGGCGCAGCGUGCUGAGUGUCGUGUGGAUGCCCAGCGCUGCUGCUGCUGCUCAGAGCCCUUGGGCCGUCUGUGGUAGGGAUUGUCUGGGUUCAGAGCCCUUAGCAUAUCUGUUUGGUCGAGAAUGCGGAUCACAGAUUUGACUGAUGUGCCUCACCUGCAGCUGAGUUGCUUGCAAGUGCUGGCAGGGAGAGCCUUCAGUCAAUGGUGGUGCUGCUAGUUGGAGACACUGCCUGUGCCAAGCUUCCCUCUUCCACUUCAUCUUCCCAUCUGCCUGUCCAUUCCUAACUACUCCGUUCGUCCUCCUCUUCCUCUACUUAUCCCCUUCUCUCAACCCUUCUUGGUAUCUAAACUGGACUGAGCUCUCAUGGGAUAUUGGACCCCCAAUGGCAACAAAUUCUACUUAGUCUAAUAAAUAUACUGUAAUCCCCUGGAUAGGGUACGGUACAAAAUUCAUGCAAAAUCAGGGGGUGGGUGCUCUAUUUUGUGUUAAGGCUAUAGCACCUUGGUGUUAUAUUUGAGGACAGGAAUUUUAAGACGUGCAUUAGACUCACCGUGUCAU